UUCUACUCUCAAGCGGUUAUCUAUCAAGUGCGAAGCGAAACAAAGUUUCUCCCUUUUCGAUUCCUCUGGGUUUGAAGCGGAGAGAGGCGAUUGAGAGAUUCCGUGUUUCUAAUCGGAAUCCGUAAUCGAAACCAUGGCUCACCACUCAGACUCCGACGACGAAGAUUACUCCUACGACGAUGAACAGGAUGAGCCGAGAAGCUCACGGAAGAAGAAGAAGAGGGGAAGAUCAAACCCAGAUUCCGCCGGCGGCGCGCGUGGGAAGAAAAGAAAGCCUUCGGGCUCCAUAUUCAUAGAGGAUGACGUCAUCGUAGACGACGAAGAAGAAGACGACGACGACGUCGAGAACGGUUUCAUCGAGCAUGGUGAAGCCGACCUUGGUGCUGAGGAUGUUGUUGGUCGUCACAGGCAUUUCCACGAACCGGCGGCGUUUCGUUCCCGUGUGGGUGCUGAAGAGUAUCUUGAUUUUAUGCAAGAAAAGUAUUCUAACCCUCGUACUGAAUAUGACGACGAUGAUGAUGAUUAUGAAGACGAAGCGCUUACCGAGGUUGAUCAACAAGCUCUUUUGCCAUCGGUCCGUGACCCAAAGCUGUGGAUGGUCAAAUGUGCGAUUGGUCGUGAAAGAGAGGUUGCUGUUUGUCUUAUGCAAAAAGCGGUGGAUAGAGGAUCAGAUUUCAAGAUCAGAUCUGUUAUUGCGCUUGAUCAUCUUCAGAACUUUAUAUACAUUGAAGCGGAUAUGGAGGCUCACGUUAAAGAGGCAAUCAAGGGCAUGCGGAAUGUUUUUGCAAAUCAUAAGAUUUUACUUGUUCCGAUAAGAGAAAUGGCAGAUGUUCUUUCUGUAAGGAGUAAGACAGUUGAGCUAGCGCGUGACACAUGGGUUAGAAUGAAACUCGGGAUAUAUAAGGGUGACCUAGCUCAGGUUGUUGAUGUUGAUGAUGUGCGUAGGAGGGUCACAGUCAAGUUAAUCCCAAGAAUUGAUCUGCAGCUUCUAGCCGAUAAGCAGGAAGGAAGUGUGAUUGUCAAGAAGAAAGCUUUUGUUCCACCUCCACGCUUCAUGAACGUGGAUGAGGCAAGGGAACUUCACAUACGCGUUGAGCGCCGACGUGACCGGAUGACGGGUGAUUACUUUGAAAAUAUCGGUAACAUGCUUUUCAAAGAUGGCUUCCUGUACAAGAAAGUAUCGACCAAGUCGAUUUCUACUCUGAACGUUACACCAACAUUCGAUGAGCUUGAGAGGUUUAAGAAAGCAAACGAAAAUGGGGAGAUCGACUUUGUUGAUAUGUCCACUUUAUUUGCAAAUAGGAAAAAGGGUCAUUUCAUGAAAGGUGAUGAGGUUAUUGUUAUCAAGGGAGAUUUAAAAAAUUUGAAGGGUUGGGUUGAGAAAGUAGAUGAAGAGAAUGUUCUUAUCAGAUCCGAGAUGAAAGGUCUUCAUAAUCCUCUUGCUGUAAAUGAGAGAGAGCUUUGCAAGUACUUUGAACCUGGAAAUCAUGUGAAGGUUGUUUCUGGCACCCAUAAAGAAGCAACCGGCAUGGUUGUCAAAGUUGAUCAGCAUGUGCUUUUCCUUCUAACUGAUACGACCAAGCAACAGAUUCGCGUCUUUGCCGAUCACGUCGUGAAGAGUGCAGAAGUGACUAAUGGUGUCACAAAAAUGGGAGAGUAUGAACUUCAUGAUCUUGUGCUUCUAAGUAACUUGAGCUUUGGAGUUAUCAUAAAACUUGAUACUGAAGCUAUCCAGGUUCUUAAAGGGGUUCCUGGAAGACCGGAGCUGGCUAUUGUCAAACACGGAGAAAUAAAGUACAAAAUUGAGAAGAAGAUCACUGUGAAAGACCGUUACAAAAAUGUUAUGACGGUGAAAGAUGUUGUCAGGGUCACUGAGGGUCCUAGCAAAGGUAAACAAGGUCCAGUGAUGCACAUCUACAAAGGAGUGUUGUUUUUACAUGACCGGCAUAACGUUGAGCACGCUGGAUUUGUCUGCGUUAAAUGCUCAUCUUGUGUUCUUUCCGGUGGAUCAUAUUCUGGCGCUGACAGAAUUGUUGAUUCUUUCUCAAGGUUGGGCAAUUCCAAGCCACCAGCCCAUGUGCCUCCAUCUCCAAGAAGAUUUCAACGGGCAGACUUGGGAUAUAACUCUGGAUCUGGAGGAAGACAUUUGAGUGGAAGAGGAGCAAGGGGUAACGAUCUUUUGGUAGGUGCUUAUGUGAGAGUUCGUCUAGGGCCUUACAAGGGAUAUAGAGGUCGUAUAGUAGAAGUCAAAGAGAAGACAGUGCGUUUGGAACACGAGGCAAAGAUUGUGACAGUUAAUAGGGACGCGAUAGCAGAUGGGAAUGAUAACGUAGCGACACCCUCUCAGUAUAAUAUGGGAAGCCAAACUCCUGUGCAUCCUUCCCGGACUCCACUUCAUCCUUGUAUGACUCCAAUGCGGGAUUCUGGAGCUACACCUAUCCAUAAUGGAAUGAGGACACCCAUGCGUGAUAGAGCUUGGAAUCCUUACACGCCUAUGAGUCCUCCUCGGGAUAGCUGGGAAGAUGGAAACCCAGGAUCAUGGGGAACAAAUUCACUGUAUCCGCCGGAUAGUCCUUAUUCGCGGCCAUAUGAAGCAGCUACGCCUGGAUCAGGAUGGGAUAGUAGCACUCCUGGUCGUAGUUACAGUGAUGCUGGAACACCAAGAGAUGCUAAUGUCCCAAGUCCUUACCAACCUAUGACACCAAGCUCGGCUUCCUACCUACCUAGCACUCCUGGUGGACAACCAAUGACUCCUGGAGCUGAUCUCGAUGUCAAGUCUCCAGAUAUAGGUGGGGACGCAGAAACAUGGUUGAUGCCUGGUAUAUUGGUCAAUGUACACAAGGCCGGACUCGGAGGGGAUAGCAAUGUGGGAGUCAUCCGAGAUGUUCUUCCGGAUGGGUCCUGUCUAGUCGCUCUUGGAGACAGAGGUGAAGGCGAAACUGUUAUGGCGGUACAGAGGGAAGUGAGGUUAGUUUGUCCGAGGAAGAAUGAACGAGUGAAGGUUGUAGGAGGCAAGCAUCGUGGUUCAUUAGCCAAGCUCAUUGGUCUGGACGGAUCUGACGGUAUAGUCAAGCUAGAUGACACACUCGACGUCAAGAUUCUAGACCUGGGUUUGUUAGCCAAGCUAGCUCAUGCGUGACUGACCCCAUUUUCUCAUCAAACCAUAGGAUAUAUCUAGUUUUGAUGAUUAAUUGCUCUCUGUAUUUACUUCUUUAAACCUUUCUAUCACCUAUUCUCUAUGUUUGAGGAUUAAACAAGUAAAGAUUAAAAAUGAAGUGUAGAAUCCAGAAACAAGAAUGAAACUGUUGAGAAGAUGGCCUUUUAUGUU